AUGACAGGAAGCAUGAGUGUUGCACGAUAUUGGCACACAGCAUCUACAUUAGCAACGGGAACAGUAUUAGUUGCUGGUGGACUCAACGGCACCAGUACUCUCAAUAGUGCUGAAUUGUACCAUCAAUCAACAGGCACUUGGACAACGACAGGAAACAUGAGUGUCGCACGAAUGUAUCACACAGCAUCCACAUUAGCAAAUGGAUCAGUAUUAGUUUCUGGUGGAUACGAUAGUGCUGUUCUGAAUAGUGCUGAAUUGUACAAUCCAUCAACUGGCACUUGGACAAGCACAGGAAGCAUGAAUGCCGCACGAGAACUGUCCACCACAACCACAUUAGCAAAUGGAUCAGUAUUAGUUACUGGUGGAUAUAGCAGCGGCUUUUUUUAUCUCAAUAGUGCUGAAUUAUACAAUCUAUCAACAGGCACUUGGACAACCACAGGAAACAUGAGUACCGGACGAGCAUUUCACACAGCAACCACAUUAGCAAAUAGAUUAGUAUUAGUUACUGGUGGAAACACUGGUAUUGUUGAAACCAAUAGUGCUGAAUUGUACAAUCCAUCAACAGGCACUUGGGCAACCACAGCAAGCAUGAGUGUCGCACGAGAAUAUCACACAGCAUCCAUAUUAGCAAAUGGACAAGUAUUAGUUAUUGGUGGAUACAGCGGUAGUAGUUAUCUUAAUAGUGCUGAAUUGUACAAUCCAUCAACAGGCACUUGGACAACUACAGCAAACAUGAGUGUCAUACGAUAUUAUCACACAGCAUCCGUAUUAGUAGAUGAAAGAGUAUUAGUUGCUGGUGGAUCUAACAGUACUGUUCUCAAUAGUGCUGAAUUAUACAAUUCAUCAACAGGCAUUUGGACAAUUACAAGAAGCCUGAAUGUCGCACGAACUGAUCACACAGCAUCCACAUUAGCAAAUGGACAAGUAUUAGUUGCUGGUGGAAUGGGUAGCAGUGGUAUUCUCAAUAGUGCUGAACUUUAUUAA